UCAAAUUCUGAAAUUAUACUGAGUUUCAGCAGCAGCGACUGCUGAUGAUGUCCCCGUAGCCUACACUGUCGGUGUAAAUCUGGGCAGCUAUGAGUAGAACUAUCGACGCUGUUGUGUCCCCCACCCAAACAAAUACAAUACCUGCCGACAUCUCCGGACAGAUGUUAGAUCUAGACGAGGACGACGAUUUAGAAGUUUUCAGCAAGGAUUCGACUCUUGCAGACGGGAAUAUGUUCAACGCCUCAAUGCCGACAUCCCCAGGCUCCAUGGUCAACCAGUGUAAGUUUGAGGAGGACGAGGAGAGUGACUCUAAAGACAUCUUCAUUACUGUGGACAACCCAGAGAGUCAUGUGACUGCCAUUGAGACCUUCAUCACCUACAGAGUUCUGACCAAGACCACACGGAGUGAGUUUGACAACUCUGAGUACGAAGUCCGCAGGCGCUACCAAGACUUCCUCUGGCUCAAAGGGAAACUGGAGGAUGCCCACUCAACUCUCAUUGUUCAUCCUCUGCCAGAGAAGUUUGUGGUGAAGGGGAUGGUGGAGAGGUUCAAUGGUGAUUUCAUCGAGACACGGAGGAAAGCUCUCCACAAGUUCCUUAAUCGCGUUGCUGAUCACCCCAUUCUGUCCUGCAGCGAAGACUUCAAAGUCUUCCUUAGUGCUCAGGCCUGGGAGCUGACAACCUAUAAGAAGCAAGGACCGGGGUUCCUGAGCAGGAUGGGGGAAACGGUGCGAGCGGUGGCUAACUCAGUCAGAUGGGUGAAGAACCGGCCAGAGGAGUUCACCGCCAUCCAGGAGUACGUGGAGGAUUUCAGCAACAAGAUCGGCUCCCUGGACAAAGUCACCCAGAGGAUCGUCAAAGAACAGAAAGAGUACCUGGAGGAGCUAAAGGAGUACGGGCCCACCUACACCCUGUGGUCGGGCUCGGAGGAGGAGCUGGCAGAGCAGUUGAAAGGUGUAGCCGGCUGUAUGGAGAGGUGCUGUAAAGAGACAGAGGAACAGGUCGGCCAUCUCUCAGACACCCUGGUGCCUGUUUUACACGAGUAUGUCCUGUGUGCUGAGACACUCAAGGCAGUAUUGAGACGGAGGGAUAUCAUUCAGGCGGAAUUUGAGGCCAAGAAUGAAGCUCUGGCCACCAAGAAAGUUGACCGAGAUGCAGAGUCUAGUGAUCUAGGUUUUGUGUGGGGGAGCCUGCUGGGUAAAAACCCUGAAGAAGCCAGACAUCAGAGGCAGGAGAGACUUGAUGUGGAGAUUGAAGAGCUGAAGGAGGAGAUUGAUAAACUGGAGGACCGUGUGGAAUGGGCCAACAACGCUCUGAAGGGGGACUGGGGCCGAUGGCAGAGGAGCAUGAGAGGAGACCUUAAAUCAGCCUUCCUCUCCACCGCAGAGAAGAACGUGGACUACUACGAGAAGUGUCUGGCAGUGUGGGAGACCUUCCUUCUCUCCCAGAGAACAGAACCCAGCGAGGAGACUGACAGAGACAACACCCCCUAACCUCCACGAUGCACUUCUUCUCUAUUACGCAACCCUCUGCCUACCACCCCCUACCCAGGGGGCACAGCCAAAGACAUCUUCCAGCACAACUCGGAGGACUCCUGGAAUUGAACCCUAAUCAUUCCAAUGAAGCUUCACUUUAAAGUCACUUUAGCACAGACUGUGAUAAAUCUGAGAGAUCUUUAAAUAUGCAUGAUCAGCCAGCCGCUGCCUUAGGGCUUCUGUAUGUACAGCCCUGGAUCUGAGGGUAGAUAUACUGAAUACACUGAUGGAUCCCCCAUGAUUUUCACAGCAAUACGAUGACAUACUUUACUUGUUUACCUGUUUUACAAUGACUCACUAUGGUAUUUUGAUAACAGAAAAUAAACUAAAGAGUGCCACAUUUAUUUUAUACUAUACACAUUUUUCUCUUUGUAAAGCUUUAAAUUGGGUUUUUAAGAUGUUGGCAUAAUAAAUGGAUUGCUACAUUGCA